GUCGUAGGUAUAGUAGACCAUGAACCAUAUGAGAAUGAACUGCAUACUAUGCCAGCUGCAGUCUAGUCAGUCCAUGACGAGGAAAUGCUAUCAUGAACAAAAGUCUCACCUCUCGCCACCCCCGCGGUCGCCUGACAACCCUGGUUCCGGCAACCCAUUCGCCCCUGCACCCUCUGCUUAUAAUAGCCACGGGACCCUGCACACACUCCCAACUACACUAUAUCUGUAACCAGCAAAAGACAAAU